UUUCGGUCGUAUUGGUCGUCUUGUUUUAAGAGCAACCUUUCAACAAGGGAGAGAAGACAUCGAUGUGGUCGCCGUUAAUGAUCCUUUUCUUGACGUUAGUUAUAUGUUGUAUCUGUUCAAAUACGAUUCUUCACACGGAAGGUUCAAAGGUGACACUAAAGUCGAUAAUGGUAAACUUGUGGUAGACAAACACAUCAUCACCGUUUUCAACGAAAAAAACCCCGAGGACAUUCAGUGGGGCAGCCUUGAUGUUGAUUACGUUAUAGAGUCGUCUGGUGUAUUCACAACGACAGCAAAGGCCUCUGCUCAUUUAAAAGGAGGCGCUAAGAAAGUUAUUAUCACAUCUCCAGGUGCAGACACGCCACUGUUUGUAUGCGGUGUCAACCUCGACACAUAUGAUCCUAAGUAUAAGAUUAUUUCCAACGCGUCAUGCACAACCAACUGUCUUGCCCCUCUGGUUAAAAUCAUUCACGAAAAUUUUGGUAUUGAGGAGGGUCUUAUGACAACUAUUCACGCAACGACAGCUACUCAGAAAACAGUGGAUGGCCCCUCCGGCAAAGACUGGAGAAGGGGCAGAGGUGCAGGUCAGAACAUUAUUCCUAGUACUACAGGUGCUGCUAAAGCCGUUGGCAGAGUCAUCCCAGAACUCAAUGGCAAACUUACUGGAAUGGCCUUCAGAAUUCCGACAACUAUCGUCUCUGUUGUUGAUCUUACAGUCAGAAUAAAAAAGAGUGCUAGCUAUGAUGAUAUUAAAGCGGUCGUUAGAGCGGCGGCGGAAGAUGAAAGAUACAAGGGAAUAGUAGGAUAUACGGAAGACGACGUCGUCUCCGGGGACUUUCGCAGUGAUACGCAUUCGUGCAUCUUCGAUGCCAAAGCUGGCAUUGGGUUAAGCGACCAUUUCGUUAAACUCGUCGCGUGGUACGACAAUGAGUAUGGGUACUCAACUCGUGUGCUUGACUUGCUUAAGUACGUAGUUGCGAAGGACAAGGAAGCUUCAUUGAAGAGCUGA